AUGGAUAUCAAAACCUUGCUUGACAAUCUUCAUGAAGAAGUUUCCUGUUCUGUGUGUAUGACCACAUUUACUGAACCAAAACAGCUGCCAUAUUUUCACAGCUUCUGUCUUUACUGUUUAGCAGGAAUUCAAAGAAGCAGUGGCCGCCGUGAUGUCAUAACGUGUCCUGAGUGUCGCAAGGAAAGUCAAGUCCCUGGAAGAAACCUGCCCACUAACUUUCGCAUCAACAGCUUACUAGAUGUGUUGACCAUAAAGGAGUGCAGUUCUACAGGAGUCAAAUGCAGAAACUGCGACAAAAAAAGAGUGCAAAGUUUCUACUGUUUUCAGUGCUGUACAUUCUGGUGUGAACAGUGUAUCACUGUGCAUAACUUACUCCGAGAAAAUAAAGAACACCGAGUUCUUGCGCUGAAUGACUUUGAGGAUCAAGAGAUCGAGGAUGUCUUAAAGCGACCACCAUUUUGUUCGCGACAAGGCCACCAAAAGAAAGAGCUCGAGUUCUUCUGUGUCAAAUGUGAAGAGACCGUUUGCUCUUCAUGCGUCGUAACCGCACACGAUAAACAUGUUAGGUACUGUUGGAAGAAGCGGCAAAUAAAAAGAAAUUGCAAGUUAUGUCCACGAUUGAGUCCGAAAAGGCAACAGCGCAAAGGAUGA